AAAUACAUUCAAUGAUAAAUGGCUUUGCUCAAAGCUAUAGAGCUAACAGUAAACAAUGAAUGACUUAAGUGUGCACCUCUCUUUAUCAGGUGCAGUGCAUGGAUGUUGGACUUAUAAUGUCAUGGCCCCUGACUUUGAAAAACCCAUGAUCCAGCACUGCUGGCAGCAACAUGACACCGCAUGCCUCUGACACCUGACUUCCUGCUGCCAUGUCUUUAGCCUGUGUGUCCACAAGACAGCAGUGUGUGACAGAGCAUCUGCAGAAUCCAAUCGCCCAUCGAUUUCCAAUGGAGCCUCUUUCCAAUAAUAGACUUCUUCAUAGGAUCCUCUCGUGCAUCCUCUUCCUUCCUCCUCUUGCAUCACUGAGCAGCUUUAAGAGAAUUGAGAGGCUGAUGCUGACGGCUGCGAAACAACGAGGUAUGAAAUCAAAGAAAUGAGGCUUGAGACGCGAGUCCCUCCUCCAUCCCAUAUUUUCCUCCUCAAAAGACUGCGGGUGUGUUUAGGAGUGGCGAUGUGACGUGAUAACAUAUCUCUGCUAAACCAGAACACACACAGACUCUCUGUUGUCCUCUCCACUCCCCUCUUUGGGUGGCACAUGCAGUCAGCACAAGAGUCCAAACAGCGACCACGUGAACUGCUCAACCCCUCUCCUCCCACUCGCUGUGCUCUUCUUCCAUGUCUGCAAACAAGCAGCUGCGCAUUGAGGCGGACAGAGUGUAUGUGUGUGUGUAUCUGUGUGUGUGUGACCAGAGAAAGCAAACUGGGAUCUCUGCCGUGAUGCGCCCUCCUCCUCCCUCCACCUCCGAAAUCCUCCUCCUGCCGGUUGCUAAGCAGCACAGGGAGAGUUUGACAGCGUGACGUGGCGUGUGCGCGAGACCACUUCCUGUAAACAGCCGAGUGGGAGCUCUGUGCUACCAGACACAGAAGGGAAGUAGAGAGAGAGAGAGAGCGAGAGAUGAGACCGCCGAAAAUAACCUCUCCUGACUUGCACAAAGGAGACGCGAUGAUGCACGGUGGAGAAAAAAAAAAAGAAGUGUUUUAAGUCUCACGGGGAGCCGAGGUAGCGGACGGCUACAGGAGUUUUCUGGGCCUCUGAACUGUCAUUCUGCAAUCAGCUGGCCGCUCGGUGGCGGUGAAGAUGACCACGGCACGGUACCGUCCCACCUGGGAGCUGGCCGUGGACCCCCUGGUCUCGUGUAAGCUGUGCCUUGGAGAGUUCCCUCUGGAGCAGAUGACCACCAUCACACAGUGCCAAUGUGUCUUCUGUACACUGUGCCUGAAGCAGUAUGUGGAGCUCCUGAUUAAAGAAGGCCUUGAAACUGCAAUUAGCUGUCCAGACUCUGCCUGUCCCAAAAGAGGACACUUGCAGGAAAAUGAGAUUGAGUGCAUGGUGGCCACGGAGAUGAUGCAGAGAUACAAGAAGCUUCAGUUCGAGAGGGAGGUUCUGCUGGACCCGUGCCGGACGUGGUGCCCCUCCUCGACCUGCCAGGCCGUUUGCCAACUAAAGGAAUCGGACUCUCCGGCGCUGCCUCAGCUGGUCCAGUGCGCCGUCUGUGCACUCGAGUUCUGCUCAGCCUGCAAAGCCAACUGGCACCCGGGCCAGGCCUGCCAGGAGAGCAACCUGCCAAUUACCUCUUUCCUACCUGGAGAAAACAGCUCCUUCUAUAAGAACGAAGAGGACGACGCACCAAUCAAGCGCUGUCCUAAAUGUAAAGUUUACAUCGAGAGGGACGAGGGCUGCGCACAGAUGAUGUGCAAGAACUGCAAACACGCCUUCUGCUGGUACUGUCUGGAGUCACUGGACGACGACUUCCUCCUGAUCCACUAUGACAAAGGGCCCUGCCGGAACAAACUGGGCCACUCCAGGGCGUCUGUUAUCUGGCACAGAACACAGGUCGUUGGGAUCUUCGCUGGCUUCGGCCUCCUCCUGCUGGUCGCCUCCCCCUUCCUCCUGCUCGCCACUCCCAUCGUGCUCUGCUGCAAGUGCAAGUGCAGCAAAGGCGACGACGACCCUCUGCCGACCUAAGCCCCCCCCCACAAGAGCCGGAGUGGAGAGCCAUUCCGAGGAUGGGCCAUCUUCUUUUGUUUGUUUUUUUUGCUUCCUUUUCACCACAUUCUUUUCCUCCCACCAAGCUUCGAGCGCUUCAUUUUUUUUUGGGGCUGAGCCUGCACCAGCCCCCGCCCGGGGGGGGGGGGGGGCUCGCUUCGGGACCCAUCGCUCUGCAUGAAGAGAGGCGUGGUAGAAGAGCAGCGCUGCACCUCGGCCUGCAGAGACGAGCAGGGGUCAAAGGUCAGAGGUGGUCCGAGGAAGGUGUGAGACGGUGGUGGGCCGUUGGGGAUGUGAAGAAACACUGAGCGGCUCCAAGGGGCCUCACUGGGGGUUACUGUGGUGUGCUAUGUUUGUGGGUGAGGACAAAAGGAGGGGGGGGGGGGGGGGGUCAAUGUAAAGAUCAAAUGUUUUUCUCUUGUGUGGACCGAUUCGUGCAGGAGCAGGAAAAAAGACAUUCGCUCUGUUUCCGUCGGUUUGUCGUACGCAACAAAAAGCUUUUUUUUUAAAUCCACCGCCGCCGCCGCCGCCACUACACCCGAUGUAGCUCUGCAGAUUCAGUCAGUAGCAUCAGAGUCGCACCACGCAUGUCUGGUGUCCACUCGAUUUGCACACGGAACACGACCCGUUUCGUCAUGCUCGCGACUGAGGUGGAGAGACGGGGAGCCGGUUGUCCCUCGACUCAAUGUACAGCACGUCCUCUUGAUGAUGUCAAUGUUUUAUAACCUGUCGCUUUUAAUAGACCCGUGCUCAGAGUAGUGUCUGUGUUGUACUUUUUGAGUGUUUUACAAAACUGUUAGGUACACGCGUGAAAGGGGAUUUCCACUCAAGUGACGACAAGCAGUUUUGUUGAAUAUCCGCUUUACGCACACAUGUUCUUUCACCGCUCUGCUCCCGAUUCAUUCUCCAGAUGUCGGAGGUCAUCUUUGUAAGCUAGAGAUUGCAAUUCCAGAUUUUCAUGAUCCCGAAUCCAGGCAUUUUUCAAAACCGAGUGGGGAUCCCCUUUACGUUCCUGCGUUAAGUUAAUCAGAGGUCAGAUUUUGUAUCCACACGUCGUGGAGCCAUUUUAAUAAGUCACUUAAAAAGAGAUGUCACUCCUGUAAUUCUCAGUCUCCAGGUGGUAGAGUAGCCAAAUAGAAAUAAGCAGCCUUAAAUUAAGACGAGCCAAAAUCGGGCAUUUCCCCCCCCGUGCUUUAAAAAAAAAAAUCCAAAUAUUCCCAGGGAAAAGCAUGUUUAAAGCAUACGAGACAGUGAAGCCCUUUAUCUCCAGAUGAUUCUAUGAUGUCACCCAAAUGCCACACUGUUUAUAGCCACACUGUAAAAAGACAAAAAAAGGAAAACCGUCACCUGAUGUUGUGUGUGUGUGUGUGUGUGUGUGAGUGUGUGACAAAAGGACCUGUAUUUCUUAAGUGAUCUACAUCCAUCCACCCAUUUGAUACUCGACGCCCGAUUCGACGUCCCUUUCUCUGCGACUUUACAAACACCGACCGGCCCAUUGUUGCAAACUUGCAUACGUUAGUGGUCCCGAGUGUCGACAUUUCGCCCCCCCCCCGCAGCUGUUCCUCGCAGGGAUCGUCUGAAAAGCCUAAAAAUACAUACGAAAAAAGAAUGUUCCACUUCUGGGCACGUGAUUAUGAAGCUGCUCUAUACUGUAUCACUUUAUCUAUGCAAGUUUGUACAUUACCAUUCUCGGAAAGGCUAUGGAUGGGUCACAAUCAGCCGUGCGUCAGUGGGACUAUGGGUGGUGAGAGCGGCAGAAUGUCCCAGUGGGUGUCACGACGUUUAUUUAAUCAGGGAAAUGCUUAUUUGGCCAUUUUUUUUAUUUUCUUUGUUUUUUUGGCGAAGUUUAUUUUCAUGUUACGUGAGUAAAAAUGGAAAAAAUUACGAAAUAUUUCCGUUUUGAAGAGAUUUUAUUUGUUUUGUUUUGCUACCGUGCAAAGUGAUCUGCUCAUAUCCCUUCUUACGAAAUCGACCAGUGUCAGUAGCAUUUCAUGAGGAGUGUGGCUACACUUACCAAAAAACAAAAAGUCAAUAGUUCACAACCGUAGCUAAAUCAUUGACGACUCACUUCUGUUUUCUUAAGCUCAGUUCUGAUAUUCCACGUAUUAUUCCGUGUUGAUAGUAGCCUUAAAAUUGUUUGCGUACUAUAACCGUAGCCUGUUGCUUUCACCGACCUCACCUAUCGAUAUCAAAGCCGAAACCUAAAUUUGUACCUUUUAGUUCCUUAAAUGCUUAAAAGAGUGAAAUUCCAGAUUUCCUUUUGUUGUUUUCAUGACAAUCGUGCCAAGCAGAUUUCCUGGACGGGAUAGAGGAAACAGAAGUGUCUACUGUAUGUGCUUUUUGAGCGUGUAUUUGUAACGUAUUAACAGUUUCUACAGAGUGGAGAAUAUUUUAAUGCUUUUUUUUUUUCCUGUAAGCGCUUCACUCUAUAUAUGGGUUUCAUUGUUUUCCUUUGUGCGCGUGUGAGUGUGUGUGUGUGUGAGUGCGUACAUGCGUGCGUGUGUAUGUGUGGUGCCUGCUGUGAGUCUCGCAGCUGAAGUCAACUCAACAGAAACAGUCAACACACAUGAGGGCGAGAGAGCAUCGUCACCUUUUUCACAAUCUAUCAGGGCUCUGAUAUCACCAGGGUCAUUUCAAACACGAGUCAUUUAAACCCAAGGAAAACAGCAUGGAGGUCUGGAGCGGGCACAAACCAACAAACUGUCAAACGAAAACCACGGCCGCCUCCAUUUUCUUUCAACGCAUUCUUCAUUGUAUCGGCUGUAUUAUGCAACUAAACAGAAAAACAUCAGUCACGUUGCAGAAUAACGUCUGGUGUAAAGAUUUAAAGUCGCGUAACAUCGGCUCGGUUGGAGAACGGGACGGUUCCACUGAGUUGCAGGUUCCUGUCAUUUGACCCGUGAAGGGGGAUGCAAGUGGAUUUUACAAAGAGCUUCAGAUCUACUUUGCGGUUAUUCUAAGAUCGAGUUUGUUUAUGAGCAGCAAUUGAAUAUUUUAUAACCCUUUGUGUCAAGAGAUGGCGCUGCAUGAGUUUUCUCUGACUUCUACGUGUUGAAUAUUAAUAUAUUGUAGCCGCGAAAAAGAUCUUUGGAAAUGGUAGCGUGUUCACCCUCUUGACCAGAGUUUUUUUUUUUUUUUUUUUUUUUAAAUUGAACAACUUCAUGUGUCUGUUUCUUUCUUUUUUUUGUUGUUGUUUCUUUUUUUUAUAUAUAUAUAUAUUUGCCUCUGUUACAUCAUAGUGGUUGUAUUUGCAUUAUCCUUUUUUUAAAGAGCUUCUUCUGUCUCGACUGGUCAAUUCAAUUUCAAUCGCUCACUUCAGUGGAUGAUAUGCUGUGUGUGCGCAGGGGCUUGUGUUCAUAGAGGUGGUCAACGAUGUCUGUCCUCCAGUCAGUGGAGGUGAAUUGACCCGGGUGAGGAACAACAUUGUAAAUUUGGCAUAUCUGAAUCAGCUCUGUACAAGUUUAGACUCGACAUCUCCGUAUAGCUACAGUUCCACUAACACUGUGACACCCGGUAUUAAAGGUUGUUGUUUUUGUGA